AUGAAGUCUAAGACCAAGGCCGAGGUGCAGACCGCCGUUGUCCAUGUCAACAGCGACCAUGAGCAGCAGGCGGACAAUGGCGCGCCGUCCGCGCCGGCCAGGGAGACGGUCAUCCCGCUCAGGAUCAAGCUCAUUGCCGUCUUUCUCGUCAGUCUCAUCGGAUUUGGCUCUCACUGGAGCAGCGGCAAACUCCACAUCAACAAUGCCCAGUACUCGGUCCUCGAAGCCAGUGAGGACUUUAUGAAGACGGCCCUCAUCCUCAUCAGCGGCCCCGUUACCGACCGCAUCGGUGGCGCCAACGCUCUCCUUUAUGGCAACGCCAUCUACUCGGUCGGCGCCAUGCUAAUCGCCGGCGCCACCACCGUCCGCAGCUACAAGUUCAUGAUUGGCGGCGUCGUCAUCCAGGCUCUCGGUGACAUUGCCACCCAGGUCGCCCAGUACAAGGUCUUCUCAUCCUGGUUUGCGCCCUCCAACGGCUUCGCCUCCACCCUCGGCCUCGAGCUCGGCCUCGGCAAGAUUGGCGGCUUCGUCGGCAAGGCGACAGCCAACAUUAUCGCUCGGCGCACCGGCGACUUCUCCUGGGUGUACUGGUGUGCCGUCUUCAUGAACCUGUUUACAAACGCCGCGACCUUGGCGUUCUGGUGGUUCACACGCUGGUGCCACCGCACCUACGCCCCCUCGGCCGACCCGGCCACAGGGGAGGCCCUCACGGAGAGCAACAAGAAGUUUGAAUGGGGCAAGAUGUUGCGCCUGCCGUGGUCGUUUUGGCUCGUCGCGGCGUUCACGCUCUUCCAGACGUCGACGGCGUCGGUCUUUACUCAAAAUGCGACGGAGUUGGCGCAGCAGCGCUUCAACGUCACGGCCGAGACGGCGGGCUGGUACUCGGCCAUGUCGCAGUACCUCGGCUUCUUCCUCGUACCUCUGCUGGGAGUCUUCAUCGACGUUUUCGGGCAGCGCGUGAGCAUCAUGGCCGUCUGCGCCGUGGGCAUGCUUGUCUCCAUGACACUCGCCGCGUGGGGGCCGACCGUGGGCGGCACAGCGGCGAGUUUUGGCGUGUACGCUUUUGCAGCUUCUCUCGGGCCGACCGUCAUUAUCGACAGUAUCCGCACGACCAUGUGGUAUCAAGAAGUGUUUGGAUCGGGGUACGCUAUCAAGAACGCCAUCAACAACGGCAUGAACAUCAUCAUCCGCAUCAUCACGGGUGUCAUCCAGGACCAGGAUGACGACAGCUACGAUCGGGUCGUUGUCGUAUACGUCUUUUUGUCCGUGGGAUCUGUUGCGGUAGCUCUGGUCAUGCUGGUUUGGAGCCAAUUGGACGUCAUCAUGGGCCGGUUGCAGUGGUCGAGAAAGCAGAGGCUGGCGAAGGGGCACUUGAUUAAUGAGAGAAAGGACGAAUUCGAACACGAUACAAAUGUCAAAAGGAACACCAAGGUCAGCUUGUGCUGCUUUGGAGCGACAAUUGCGCUCAUUCUGGGUGCCUGGGUAGCCUAUUUUUGGGGCGUGGCAACUGGCCACAAUCACUAG